GCGUGCAGUGAUACACUGAUUUGACACAGAUUUUGUUUCCCAUAGCUGUACGUAAAUACAAAUUUUUUAUAUGACUGAAGCUUUUUUGGUUUAUUAAUUCCGUGACCGCCUGUUUUUACUAAAUGCACACUUCUCAAAAGUGUGUGAAAAGGGCUGAAACUCUACCAGUAGACGAAUACGGGUUAGCUGUAAACAUGUCAUCACCUUUAUUUGUUCUGUCUAACACUGAAAACCUCUCAGUGUCUUUCUGUGGUUCAGGCUUUUUAGCAACAUACCAGCUAGGUGUUGCGCAAAGUCUUUUGGAUAAUGCACCAUGGAUCCUACGAGGUGCUCCAAGGGUGUACGGCGCGUCUGCAGGUUCUCUCGUUGCUGCUGCUGUUGUUUGUGGAUCAAAUCUGGGUCGAGUGCGAGACAAUCUUUUGGAAUUUGCGAGAUAUUCACGUCAGCUUCCUCUCGGCCUUCUCAGCCCCACAGCUGAUGUCUACAGAUGGCUGGAGGUCACACUGGAGCGAUCCCUGCCUGAUAAUGCCCACAGUCUGGCCAGCGGACGUCUGCACAUUUCCAUGACUCGGAUCCCUGAUGGGAAAAACGUUCUAGUGUCGGAAUUUCAAUCCAACGAAGACCUUAUAAGAGCACUUUUGUGCAGUUGUUUUGUUCCUUUAUACUCUGGCAUGAUCCCACCGCAGUAUAAAGGUGAGCACUACAUGGAUGGAGGUUUCACAAACAUCCAGCCCUUUGAAGACACGUCACCAACCCUCACCAUCUCCCCAUUUGCAGGAGAGAUGGACAUCUGUCCCUCUGACACUUCCACCACCUUCUGUGAUGUCAUCAUCCAGCAGCUGUCCUUCCAUUGCUCCAUGCCCAACUUAAUCAGACUGUUAGAUGCCAUGUUCCCUCGAGACUGGAGGAUUUUAAAGAAAGCGUUCUACAGUGGAUACCAAGAUACCAUUUAUUUUCUGGAGCGUAGCAAGGCUUUGCAGUUGUACCCUGACAGGAGGAUGGAAUCUGAUGUAUCCGAUGAUUCUGGGACGUCUGAUUCUCUGAGCUCUGAUCACUGGAUGCUGACACAGACUGAUGCAGAGGACCGAGACCAGCAAGAGGAACUUCGAAAGAGCGUUAAAGAGGUCUCCUCAUCCCAGGGUCCAUCUCGAUACAUCCAGGAAGUGUCCAAAGUACAGGUUCAGGAAGUGCUGCUGUGUAAUAUCGUGGGUCAGCUGGAGAUUAUGAGUGAUCCAAAAGUAUCUUUAUCUCAACGAACGCUAUCGUUCCUGCUCUUUCUGUUCACUCUGCCAAUAUGGAGCGCCACAACGUUUGCUAGCAGGUAUCAGAAAUGGAUCACACACGCCGUGACUGUGACAUACUGGGUCUUGCAAGGCUGUAAACUGUUUGUGAUCUUUAUAUUCAACAUUUUCUUGUCCACUAUGUGGCAAAGCCUGAGAGACAUGAUGAUGAGUCUGAUCAGUUUCGUACCUUCACAAGUUCAUGCCGAGUACCAGAAGGCUCGACAGCUUAUUGAGAGACGUGAUGCCUCCAAUAGUUUCAACGUUCCGGUCUCUACCUCUUUCCAAGACAGUUCUUCCAUAUCACAGACCCUUCCGAACCUCUACACACUCCUGCGUUCACUAGAGAUAGACAGCAAAUGGAAGAAACACAAGAUAGAGGUGCAGCACACAAUACUGCAGCAUAUGAUUGCAAAGAGAAGUUAAGUGCGUGCGAACCGAACUUGUAAAAACCUUGUAUCUCCCUUUUUCAUAAUUUCCAACAUGUUUCUCUGUGGGUUUGCAAAUAUGUUUUUUUUUUGUGUGUUUUAUUAUAAAAAACAAUUAUAUUCUAAGUAUUUUAUUCACAUAUUCAAGGUAUGCUCCUAAAAUAUGGGUACACAACUUUUACGCUUAUGUAGUAAUGUAUCACAAGACUCGAUCAGUCCAAACAUUGUGAUUCACAUGAGAUGGAUUAGAAAUAGUGCUCAAUGAACACAUUGAAAUGUCAGGGGUGGCUAAUGCAUGUUGCACACAUUAGUAGACAUCGUUAUUUAAUGUCAACCAUUGCUAAUUUACAUUAAUGAUGCAAAAUAGGAUUUAAGUAAAGCUCAAAGUUCCCUCUAUGAAAUAAAACAGUGGAACCAAAAAGCAUGUCCUGGCAUGGCCUCAAUCCAUCAGUGGCGAGUCGUGUGAUGCUGCAUCUACCGCCAUCAUUACAAACAUCUACUGUCUACCUUCAGACCACAGCUAAAAAGCAUAUCAAAUUAACUUUGCAUGAUUUCCAAAGAGGACUCUCAACCUAAGUUGAGAUAACCGAUCCAUUGUUACAUUUUGUAUCAAAGUGUUAAGCUUGAAUAGGCGAAUAUCAAAGCAUUGUGACAUUUUCAUGACAUUUGGGAAGAAACGUUUUUGUGAGAAUCACUGAAAAAAGCAUUUGCGAGAAAUCUGCCAUUUUCCUGCGCCAAAAUUAAAAAUGUUAUCACAUGGUAAGAAAUACAAAACAAAAGCGGUGUAAA